UGUCUUACCUACAGAGUGUUUUCAUCAUUUUCUGUUUUUAUGGAGACACGAGAGACUGCAGAUACUGGAAUCUGGAGAAAAACAAACAAGUUGCUGGAGGAACUCAAUGGCACCAAAAAACAGGACAAUACUGCAAGAUGGUCUCCACCGGAGAACUACAAAAAGCGAGUAGCUGCUUUGGAGGCCAAACAGCAAGGUCAAGCUGCAGUCCACAAAGCAGGGUGUCAGGCGCCCAGCAUUGGCAUAAGCUUCAAGCACUGUGAUCUUUCGAAAGAGGAUCGGGCCAUUGCUGAACGACUGGAGAAGCUGAAGGGAGAAACCAAACCAAAAUCUGUACCAUCUCAGAAAGAGAUUGAGUGUCGGCUAGCUGCACUAAUGAAGGAACCUCAGCGACCCAUACCUUCCACCAGGGAGAUGGAAGACAGGUUAGCCCAGUUAAAGGGCCAAACUCCACCUUCACAGACCCCUAAACCUAAUCAUCAGGCUCCUGAUACCAGGACUCAAACGGAACAAGUCAGUGACCUUCUCAAACAGAUGUCAGAAGAGACAGCCAUAGAUGAGAAAUGCAGCUCUGGUGUUAAAAAUGAUGAAAUGAAUGACCUGAAUAAAGGAAUCGAUCCACAAAAUUUCCACUAUGCCACCACCAAAAACAUCAAACUUGAGGAGGAAAAGAAUUAUCUUCUGGACCAAGCAACAGCUGAACUAAAACAGGACAACUUGGAUCAGGAGCAUUCCUUAAAGAUCGCCAGGAGACUGGCCACACUUAAAGGAGAGGAUCCAAAUACUGUAUCUAUGGAUGACUGGAAACUUGCUGGGCUGGAAAGCGAUGAAGAAAAUGAAGAACUGCUGACCCAGCGAAUUCUGAAACAGGUAAAUGAAGAAAUUGCCAUAGAUCAAACGAGUGGCUACAACAUCCCUAUACAACAACCUAAACCAGUGCAGCCAAUUCCUUUUGGGAGAAAGCAACUGCAUAUUUCUCCUACUCCAGCUGCUGCUGAGACAUCAGACAGUGAUGAUGAGCUGCCUUGGUGUUCCAUCUGCAAUAACGAUGCUGUCCUCCGUUGCCAUGGCUGUGAUGGAGACCUCUACUGUCACAGAUGUUUUAGGGAAGGACAUGACAAAUUCGAGCGGAAGGAACAUAGAACGUCCAAGUAUAGUCAACCAAACAAGAAGAAAUAAGAAGGGGUCCAUACCCGGAGGUCUGCCACAAUCUGACACACAGGAAAAUGGUCAUGAUAUCAGCAAUUGCACAGAUCCCUUAUCCAAUUAACAAAGUGUUAUGGGAGAAGCUAUAAUGGCUCUCAUUGCAGCAAGAGUCUUUCUGUUAUUACAAGGCUCUGCAGUGCUGUAACAGUGGCCCCUGUGCGUUUUGAAGGGUAGUCAUUUCAUUACCUGCUGCAGGGAGCACCUGGUAUAAAAGCUUUGCAUAUUAAGUGAUUAGACAAGGCUGCACCUUAAGACACUAAAAGUUAACUUUGACUUGUCUAACACAAGUAAAAGGACUAUAAGAUUGGACAUAAAUUUAGUAUUUCCUGCAAUCUAUUAUUUAAUUGGGUGAUUAUUUUGAAUUAUAAUUUAUUUCACUUGUAUAAUCUACUGAAACAGAUUAUAAUGUAUUUCUGGACAAAUCCAAACAGUAUCCUGAUAUUUUAUUAAUGGAAGUAAUUGGGAUGCUUUUUUCUUAAACCAUUAUCCUUUUCUUAAAUCGUCAUAGGGAUCUCUAUGUGUCCAUUUAUUCUCAACUUCUACCAGCAUCAACUUAUCACCAACUAUCAGUAGUUAAGCAAGAGGGUGCCUAGGUGACCCUGUCUUCAUACCUAGGGAUGUGUCUGGAUUCCACAUGAUGUGUCCUUCCCACAGCGAUAGCAGCCAAGUGCGGAACUCAGCAGAGUGAUCACCCCAGUAUUGAUCCCAUCACCUGGAUGAACUGCUGUCACCUACUGAAACCUUCUCGUUGAAUAUUGUGUGAACCUAGCGAUGUUCUUUGAUUGCUGAUGCUCUGGUUCCAAACACAUGACAUGUUUUAUCAUGACUCAUGGCAGAUGGCAGACUUGAGUAAAGAGGUUCCCAGUAAACCACAUAUUUUAAAAAAAAAGCCCUAACCACUAUUCCAAAACACUUCUAUAAUGAAUGCAGCUCAUAUAUUAAAUAUUGAACAAUACUGGAACAUUGUUUCUCUCUUAACAUAUGCUGUAUUCAGUUUGGUUCCUUUGCUAAACACAAUUUAGUCUUGAAAUCUUGCUCUGUGUUUUCACUAUUCAUUUUAAGAGACAUGGGUGUCAUUGGCAAGAUCAGUAUUUAUUGCCCAUUCCUUAUUGCUGAGAAGGUGAUGGUGAGUAACCUGGAAAUGCAAAAGUCCUUCUGGUGAAGGUGCUUUCACGGUGCUGAGGGGGUUCCAGGAUUUAGAUCUAGCGAUGAUGGAGGAACAGUGAUACACUUCCAUGCUGGGAUGACGUGUGAUUUGGAGGGGAACCUGCAGUGGUGGCGUUCUCAUGCAUCUUGUCCUCUUUGGUGGAGGGGUCAUGGGUUUGGGAAGUUCAAAUGGAAUUGCCAAGGCAGGUUCAUGCAAUACCUUUUGUAGCUGCUACACCCUUGCACAGUGGUGACAGGAUACAAGUGAAAUGAGCUAUUAGUCCUCAAUGUUAUCAAACAUCUUGAAAGUUGUUGGAACAGCAUCUAUCCAGAUGAAUUGAGAGUAUUCUGUCACAAUCCUGACUUAUGCCUUAUAGUUAUUGGAAAGGCUUUGACCUGCUUCUGUAGCCACAGUGUUUAUGUAAUUAGUCCAAAUGAGUCUCUGGUCAAUGAUGUUGCUGGGAUAUUGACGUAGGCUGGGUAAUGGUAAUGCCAUUAAAUGUGAAGGUUUAAGGGGCUAGCCUCACUAACUAGAGAUCCUUGGGACUCUCUUAUGCACAAAACUGGUGUGCUGCAUUCAGUAUCCUUGAAAUCCACCACCCUUCUCCAUGGUUCUGUAGACCAUUUGGUUCCAUGGUUGGAUAUGCUAGAGUUAUGCUGUUGGAUAAGAGUAUGGGCUUGUGUUUGCUCACCCAAUGAGUUAUUUGAUUAAGUUCUGUACAACCUACAUUCCAAGAGCAAGUGGCUCCUCCACACUAAUAGAGGGUAUAGAUCAGAGGCAUAGUCACUACAAGUAUCUCAGAUGCAUCAUCUAGCAAGCUGUUGAGGAUUGCAACAGCAGAGUUGCAGAAACAGCUCAACCGAACCAUCUUGUUGGUCUCGUCAAAAACAUGCAUUUAUGAGGGAUUUUAUUUAGGUAUGCGGCAGUUGUUUUGAUUAAAAGCAGUUGAGGGCAUUGAACAGAAAAAUAUCAAUUUUAUUAGUGGGGAGAAAAAAGAUGACUCAGGACUACAUUCACUAUGGCCCAAAACAAGCAGAUGCAAGAAGUUAAUGGUCCAGCGGAGAUGAGUGUAGAAUGCUUUAUUUCAGGCACUGAAUGCUUCGAUAUGUAUUUGAAAUACACAGUAGAUAGUUAACCUCUGUUGUUAAGGCAUUAUUCAGACUCCAGACUUUCACUUGUUCCUGCCAAUUACUACAUAUGGUAGUGGUAAAGACAUCUGUGUUUAUUUUUGAUUUUGAAAUUUAGAACACUUACCAGAUAUCAUGCAAGUUCUAGUGCAGCCAAAGACUGAGUAGUUAAAGGUGUUGCUUAAUCUGUUACUGAACCAAAUAUACCAUGAAGGCCCAGUUUUUUCAAAGUUACCUUAUUUUAACUGGGCCAGCAAUAGGAGAGGACAUUUAGUUUUGGAUAAGGGAAGAACAUUACACUUUAUCGAUACUUAUUGACUGUUGAAAAUAAGGUGAUUGUGCUGAAUUAUAAAUUAAGAUAUUUCAUCAUGUACAAAUCACUGUAAUGGGCAACUUAAUGCAUUGUGAGAGAGUAUAUGUGAACAAUAUACUAGUAUUAAUGAAAGUGAGUCACAAGUGUAUUUCUCAGAAGCCAUGUUCCUCAAUCUUGACCUUGGUGUUGCCCAUCUGUUCUCAGCUUCUGCUAAAAACCAAUAGCAACUAUUGAUACAUAGGAGGAAGUUGACCCUGCCCCUCAAUUUUCAUUUUUGCCUUGCUUGUGGGGACAUAUCUGGUUUCUGCUUAAUGGUACCCCA